AUGGUGACAAUUAACAAUAAUACUAGAUAUGCUGUAUUUCGUGCUUAUAAACAACUUUUGAAAGUCCAAAGAGAAACAUUUAAGGAGGAUACUUUUACUAUAAAAGAGGCAAAACGUAAGACACGUGAAGAAUUUUUUAAAAACAGAGAUGAAAUCGACACAAAUAAAAUACAAGAGUGUAUAAAUCAAGCUAAUGAUGUGGCAUCAUUAUUGCAAAAGAAUGUCGCUCAGGCUGAGAUUGAAAAUCCCUCCGAACAUAUAUUUAAAAUAAAAUUACACGAGAGACAUGAAUUGGGAGAUAAUGAUUCAAUAAAAAAUCCUCCAUCAAUUAAAACCUUGAAAAGGCAAUCGACUGGAGAAUUCGCCGACGUCCUUAUAAGGGUUGGUGAGGAUUAUGGUGAAGAUACCAGAAAUUUUCAGGUUCAUUCGAUAGUAUUAAGUGCGCGAUCAAAAUGGUUUCGCGCUGCCUUAUCUGAAGCUUGGCAUCAAACAAGAAAAGAUAACAUGAUCUUGUUAUCCAAACCAAAUAUUCAGCCACCUGUAUUUGAAGCCAUCCUCGAGUACAUUUAUGGUGGAGAAUUUGAUCCAAAGAAUUUUCAAGUUGUAGAAUUGAUUGAAAUUCUUAGAGCGGCCGAUGAACUUGGCUUGGUGGAACUGAUAAAGUACAUAGAACUUUACCUCAAAGAUAAUCCAGAAAUUAUUUGUUCCAACAUCGUUUCUUUAUAUGAGUUUUCCGUCCGAAAUGAUAAUUUUCGCACGUUACAUUUCUAUUGUAGUUAUAUAAUGGAACAAAACCCUUCCUUGUUUUUUCUAGACGAAAAUUUUGCUCUUCAUAUGAGCAAAGAAACAAUGAUAACCUUACUAAGAAUGUCAAACUUGAUGAUGAAUGAGCUUAAUGUCUGGAAUAAUCUUGUACGAUGGGGAAUUGAACAAGUCAUAAUAGAGAAUUCUCAACAAAAUCAAUAUGAUACUUUAGAAGAAUACAAUGAUAUAAUUAAAUCUUUUACCCAUGAGGAUUUCAUUAAAUUUGCGGAACUUCUUCAACCUUGCAUUAUGCUCAUCAACUUUAUAGAUUUCACUUCCUUGGAUUAUGAACAACUUGUUGAGCCUUUUAUCAAUGCUAUCGGUAGAAAUGAUUUGAAUCGGAUCAAGAGAUUAAUUUCCAUGAAUGAUGAUGAAAUCUCGGUUAAAUAUUCAGAAUUGCUUAACCCUGAACGAGCUGCUGAACUUUCAAUUAUUAUAUCCAACAUGUAUAACGAUAUAGAAUCUAUUGGAUUAUGUGAUUUCAAACUGUUAUUAAGAGGGAGUCGAGACGGUAUGACAGUGAAUGCUUUCACAUCGAGGUGUUGUGGUAAAGGUCCAACUGUUAUUUUAGCAAGGGACAAAUUUAAUAAGCAUCUUUAUGGGGCUUACUAUGCGAAUAGAUGGGAUCAUCCUAAUUAUCAUGAUAAAGUAGAU